AUGGCACUAAGCUAUGCUUCACUUGCCAAGGGGGCCAUUGCUCUGCUCGACAGGUUCAGUGCAGGCAGACAGUGUCUGGAUGACUUCACUGAAGAUGCUUCAAAGGAUCUACAGAGCAUGGACACCGUUCACAAGAAGUUCAUACUUGAUGUUGUUUCUGGAUGUGCUGAGCAUAAAAAGUUACUGGACGUAGUCAUCGACGUCUUCUAUGGCCAGAAUGGGAAAUGUGUAUCUGGAGGAGAUCACAGUCAAUUUGCCAUUGUCUGUUAUCUUGCCAUGUUUGCCCUUGAUGACAUCGGGCUUCAGCGUUAUAGCAGCAUUGUUAAAUCUCUGAACACGAAGAAGAUGCACAUGUUUCUGACUUUCUUCUUUACAAACCUAACCACAUGGAUACAAGAGGAAUGGAAUAAAAUCUAUGAUGCUGCCUAUGUGGAGAAACACUGGAUCGGCCCUCUGCUGAGAUGGCGCCCUGAGAUCAACUCUCUCUUGGACCAGCUUUCUCUGCAAAUAUCUCAAGGGAAUGUGAUAAAGAAAUUUCCAGCAAAAACCACUGAGCCCAAGGGGUUUUCUCUUACCAAACCCAAACCUCCUGCUCUGCCUCUGCCCGAGAUCAUCCCACAGCAGCAGAAAUGCAAACCAGUACCAAGUAGCACAUACAGGCCUCCUAAAGAGAUGCGGAUGAUUGAGGAGAUCAAACAGAAGAACCAUCAAAAGACUGAGGAGCUGCUCUAUGAAGCAAACAUGAAAAAGUUCAGAUGUGGAAACACACAGAAGUCUGAACACACCAAGAGAGUGAUGUCACAGAUUAAGGAGGAACUGGAUUCAAAACUGAAGUUCAAUUCUGUUUAUUCCUCUGGUCCUCCGUCCUCUAAAAAGACUAACAAAUUAUCUAUCAAGCUAAACAAUGCAGCAAUCCUGAGGCAGCGGGUGCUGUAUGACCGUCAUGUGGAGGAGGAAGUGCAAAGAAUAGAGCGCCUGGCUGAGGGUGCCUUCGAGCCAUCAUCCUUCCUGCAGUGGCAGAAGGAAAUGCAUGAGAGGGAUCUCCAGGAGGAGCCAGCUGCCAUGGAACGCAGGCAUUUGGAGGUACUCAUCAGUGAUAAAGAGGCUGCAAUGGCACGCACAUGCCUAAUGGAACGCAACCAGAAGGCUGCUCAGCUGAAGAAGGAAGAGACUGCUGAGUUGAUGAGGAACUAUGCUGAGAAGAGGCUGCAGGAGGAAAAAGAAAUGAGAGACUUGGUGCAACAAGUAGCAGAAGGCCACAAGAACUCAAAGGCAGCUAAGGAGCGGAUACAGAAAUUCAAGCAAAGCAUAGUCAAAGAAGUGUCAGAGGAAAAUCGAGAGCUUCUCCGUCAAGCUCUAGAGGAGGCACAGGCCGAGCUCAGCAGGAAAUUUGAAAUAAUUCAGGAAAUCCGCUCCCUUAAAUCACUUCCUCGUGACAGAGUGAAGAACUUUGAUGACACACAGACUGCAGGACAUGAGCUCCUAGGUGAGAUGUCCUUGUUUGAGCUGAAGGAGCGGCUCGCCCUCCUCAAGGAGGCACAGCAGGCGGAGAAACAGGGGAAACGGGAGCAGAUCCUGGAGGAGAAGCAGAACAAGAAGGAGAUGCUGCUGGACCACCUGGACAAAAUUGGCCUCCAUAGGAGAGCACUGGCACAAGCUGCAGCCAUUAGGAGAGAGGAGAGGAAAAACAGGCUGAAUAUUCGGCAGGGAGCCGCUCAGGAUGAGAGGGUUUUGGCUCUGCAGAGGAAGCUGGAGGAGAAACAACAGGAGCACCAAAGGCUGAGGCAAAUAGAGAGCAAGAGGGCAAAAGCCUCCAAGCAAGCAGCUGCACAGUCUGUUAAAAAUAUCGAGACACGCAACAAAAUGGAGAUAAGCUGGGAGGAACUGGAGCUGAACUUAGAGCGCCAUAUCCAGAAGGAAACUCCUUAUGCUGUCCUCUGAUGAAAACUUACAACACCUAAAUAUGCUGCAACACAAUGCUUGUGAAUGCUUUACUAGUACAAAGGCUGUAGUAUAAUUAGCUUCUUAUCUAAGGUUAUGCUCCAAAUU